GCCUAACCCCAAAGCGGAAGAAAAUAGCUAUGGUUUGCGCUCGCGUGGGUUAGGUUAGUAGGUGAUAGGUGAGCUAACGUGUUAUGAACACAGCCUUUGGAGAUAAAACACGGAAGUUACCCUUCUACAAAGUCUGACUCCUGCUCUGCUGAAAGGAAUUAUUAAGUUACCUAUUGGAGGGCUUACACGUGUCUUAACCAGCCUUUUACCGCGUGUUUUAAUCCUCUCAGUCCUGCCCCCCUAAACACACACAGAUUGGAGACCUGUCCAGGGCGUCUCCAACCUCUCAUCUGAUGACUGCUGGAGAUGGACACCAGCUCCCUGUGACCCUACUGAGGAUGAAGUGGGUUUAGGGGAUGAGUGGCAUUCCUGGAGAUUAUCGUCGUGGAGACGUCCCGGCUAGACUUCACAUUGCUGAAACCGUCAUCGUGUUUGCGGACCAGCAUGAACAAAGGCUGCUGGAAUCGUAGCUGGUGGGAAUGAAGAGACACAUUUCCUGUUUGUGUGAGCGUACACCCACGGGAGAAAAGAACCUUCUCCAGAAUGAACCCGGCCCAGUACAAGCACUUCGCGGUUGUGGACUAUGUGAUAUUCGCGCUGCUGCUCGCUGCCUCCGUGGCCAUCGGGCUGUACUACGCGCUGUCCGGCGGUCGGCAGCGCACCACGCAGGAGUUCCUGAUGGCAGACAGAAGCAUGCACUGCCUUCCUGUCUCGCUGUCCCUCAUCGCCUCCUUCCAGUCGGCCGUGGCGAUCAUCGGCGUCCCGGCUGAGAUCUACGCCCACGGCACUCAGUACUGGUUUAUCGGCUGCGCGUACAUUCUAGGACUUCUGAUUCCUGCUCAUGUGUUCAUCCCAGUGCUGUAUAGGCUGCAUCUCACCAGUGCUUACCAGUAUCUUGAACUGCGUUUCAGCAAAACCGUUCGAAUCUGUGGAACUUUGACCUUCAUUUUCCAGAUGGUCGUCUACAUGGGCGUCUGUGUGUACACACCUGCCUUUGCCCUGAACGCAGUUACUGGAUUUGAAUUAUGGGGAGCGGUGUUGGCGACUGGGCUGGUGUGCAUGCUGUACACGACAAUAGGCGGGCUGAAGGCCGUCAUCUGGACUGACGUGUUUCAGACGGUCGUGAUGUUUGCAGGCCAGCUGGCGGUCAUCGUGGUGGGAGUGCAGAGGACUGGGGGAGUGUCAGAAGUCUGGAGGAAAGUGUUGGAGGGAAACCGCAUCUCUGGUGUGGACCUGAACCCAGAUCCCACAGAGAGACACACCUUCUGGACUCUGGGGGUGGGCGGGGUUUUCCUCAUGCUGUCCCUGUAUGGAGUGAACCAGGCUCAGGUGCAGCGGUACCUCAGCGCCCGCACCGAGAGGCAGGCUGUCAGGUCGUGCUACAUGGUGUUUCCUUCCCUGCAGCUGGCUCUGGCUCUAAGCUGCAUCAUGGGUCUGGUCAUGUUUGCCCGAUACUGUGGAGAGGACCGCUCUGAGCAACUGGGCAGCUCUUCUACAGAUGCAAUGGUGCUAUACUUUGUGAUGGACAUGCUGCAGGACCUGCCUGGGCUGCCCGGGCUGUUUGUUGCUUGUCUGUUCAGCGCAGCGCUCAGCACCAUCUCCUCUGCUUUUAACUCUCUGGCUACUGUGACAAUGGAAGAUCUCAUCAAACCACAUUUCCCCUCCAUGUCCGAGUCUAGAGCGACCCUGGUGUCCAAAGCUUUAGCUAUGUCCUAUGGGUUGAUCUGUCUUGCCAUGGCUUAUCUCACUCACCUGAUGGGGGAUUCGGUGUUACAGGUGGCUUUGAAAAUCUUUGGAGUGGUUGGUGGUCCUAUUCUUGGUCUGUUUUGUCUGGGGAUGUUCUUCCCAUGUGCCAACUCCACCGGUGCAGUAGCAGGUCUGGGAGCAGGUCUGGGUGUAGCUUUCUGGAUCGGCGUGGGGAGCAUCGUCACUCGUAGCUCCGGUUCAGAACCGCUGCCGCCCAGCUGUCGAGUCAUCCUGGCGUCAGACAACACAACAGCAUUCAGCAAUAUCACAAGCCGAGCCUCUGGGCUGAAGAGGUUCUAUUUGUUGUCCUACAUGUGGUACAGCGGGUUCAGCUGCUUCACAGUCAUAAUAACAGGACUGAUCAUCAGCUUCCUCACCGGCCCGAUGAAAGAAGAGGAUGUGACACCUGGAACAAUUUAUCCAUUAUCAGAGAAACUCUUUUGUUUUCUACCUGAGGGGAUGAGAAAGAAGCUGUGCUGUGUAACUCCUCAGAGACCGCCUUUCUCAGCUCAGAGUGCGCCUCCACCACACAAAGAGAGGAACGGGCUGAGCUUCCCUCAACAUAAACCCUCCCAGGAGGAGACGGACGAGUUUCUUCCUCUAGAAUAUGAAACAUCGGUGUGAUGAGGACUGGAAAUUGUCCUGGCCUUUCCACGUCCUCUACAGUGCUCACCUGUUUCAGUCAGCUGCUUUUGUAUUUUGUACGAGCUUUAUUUUUAUACCUGUAAAAACUGCACUAUUUUGUUACCCAGACGAGGUUUUAGGAGCCGCAGAGCAAAAAAAAAUCUUUUUCUUGUUGACGUUUGGUGGAAAAUCACUACUGGAGCUAUACCGAGUGAAAAAAACAGCGACAGAUUGACUCAUGUCUGUAAUCCAACAGAGAAGCUUAAAGUUUUCCCAAAAAAAAAUCAAUAAAAACAUUAAAAAAAAAACAUUUUUAUGUUUAA